AUGGCUGGGCCGUCGGAUAUGACUCCGGAACUCUGGAACGAGUUUGUCGCCAAUAUGCGCCGAGAAAUUGAACGCGAGGUGCGUGACCGGAUCCUCGGUGAACUCCAGGAACGUGGACUCCUGGGCACACAGGUGCCGGCGCCAGCACCUGCUGUGGUCUCUGCACGUCCGAGAGCACCUGAACCUGAGCCGUUUGUCCCUGGAAAACGAGACUUACCUGUGCGAAGAUGGCUCUUCCAAAUGGAGGAGUACCUUUCCCUAUGCCACGUGAACCAAGCCGAAUGGGCACGGCACGCCGGCAUGAUGCUGCGAGGUGCUGCUGCUACUUGGUGGCAGAGCUGCCACGCUACAAUUUCAACCUGGGAGGAAUUUUCAGCAUCGCUCACCAUGAACUUCGAACCUGUCAACGCGAUUGAACGCGCUCGUGACAACCUCGCUGCACUACGACAACACCGCUCCGUAGCCGAAUACGUCAACCGCUUCCGGGAGUUGGUGCUGGAGAUUCCCGACAUCCCUGCCUCCGAGCAGAUGGACAAGUUCAAGCGCGGGCUGAAACCAAAAAUUCGCACCGAAGUGGAGCUUCGCGGAUGCACGUCAAUGGAUGAUAUGAUCCGUGUGGCGGAACGCUUCGACACGAUCAACUUCGCUGCGUUCCAAUGCUUCAACGGCAUGAGGAUGGAUCCCAACAGCAACCCGCAGGCCGUGAUCAUGGCAGAUGGUACCCGGCGGCACUGCGGACCUACCCUCCUCCCCGUGCAUUGCAUGUUUGGAAGUCUAGAGGCGACGUUCCGCUUCGUCAACCCACCCACCCCAACCUGCCCCAUCCCCAUCUUCCCAUAUCCCCCCUCUCCCUCCUCCUCGCAUAGCUCCCGUGCAGCAGCCAACACCACCCGGCUCUCCCGAAGUGAUCAACACACCUCCUCCUUCUCCACCCCACCCAACCCAGCAGCCACGCCGUCCCAUCAUCCGCCCCACCUCUGA